AUUUCUGGUGGCAGUUAUGUUAUGAAAGCAACAUCAUAUUUCAAAGGGUCCUCUCAAAUUAAUGUCUUUCACAGAAUCGUAGUUACAGUUGCAGAAACUUGAAUUGUGAAGACAUAUUUUGCAGUGUGGAGAAAUGGAAAAGUAUGUUACAGAAACAGUUGUUGUUGGAGUUGUUUCAUGGACAUCAGCAUUUGUUAUACUGAGAGGACUAUUCCCCAAACGCUCUUUUGAUUUCUGCAACCGCCUUGUGUCCACUCUCCAUGCAACUUUAGCAGUGACAUUGGCUUGGCUCUCUAUUGAAGAUUGGAGGUGUCCAAUAUGUAGUGUGGGGUCAAAAUCUUCACCCCAACAGAUGCAAGUUCUGGCAGUGAGCCUUUCUUAUCUGAUUUAUGAUCUUGCUUGUUGUCACUUUGGUGAGAGUGUCAAUCUAGACAACACUGUCCACCAUUUGGUAAGCAUUGUUGGAAUUGGAGCAGGUCUUUUCUAUCAAAAGUGUGGCUCAGAAAUGGUGGCGACAAUAUGGAUAACAGAAAUAUCAAGUCCAUGUUUGCAUUUGAGGGAGCUUCUGAAAGAGCUUGGUUACAGAGAUACCCCCCUUAAUUUGGCUGCUGAUAUUCUGUUUGCUGCCAUAUUUAGUUUUGCUAGGAUGUUGGUGGGACCGUGUAUCACUUACAUGACUUUAUCUGCUGACUAUCCACUUCUCAUAAAGGCUAUGGGAUUGGGUUUGCAGCUGGUAAGUGCAUUCUGGUUCUUCAAGAUUGUUAGAAUGAUAAAACGGAAAUUAAGCAAGGAGCAUAAGAAAAAGGAGUCAACAACAGCAACAUAAAAAGGACUACCGAUUGGCAAUUGCAAUUUAAAUUAUGUAGUGAUGGGUUUGAGAAGGUACAAAAGUAUGGUACAGUCUAAUAAAUGCAUGUUUGGUACAACAUCGAUUCUUUUCCAGUUCACUCUGAGGUAAUUUUUAAGCUUUUUGAGUGCUGUAUCAAUUCAAUUCUAUACUUUCACAUUUUAUGGUGGAGAAAUUUGGUUUCCCUACUGUAUGGACCUUUUAUAUUGGUUAGAAUCCACGUUAAUUUAAAAUGUAAAUGCUUUACUUUUUACACUAGCACAUAUCAUACAUACCCAAAAAAAGGCCGUUUCAUUAUGCACCUUCUAAGACUUUGUUCUUUUGGGUGUAUUUGGGGAAGAUGAUUUGAAUAGAUUUGAGUGGAUUUGAGAGUAA